GCCCUCCUGAUAGAUAAAACAUAAUUAGAGUAGCUUCGACUUGCCUAGCCUUUCUUUUUGCCCGCCGGGUGACUGUUCAGUCACAAACGUUUACCUUCUUCUAAACAUCUGGUAACAAUAAGAGCACGAGAUGUUUACGCUGCUUGUGGUCUUGCUGUGCGUAACGUCCGUUCUCUCUGAAUCUACCAAAGGUGCGGGAGCAGCCCCCAGGGUGAACAAUGACCGGCUGUACAAAUUCAGCUACUCCACUGAGGUGAUACUAGACAGAUCCAGGGCCUUGCGAAAGGGUGGUGCUGGCUUCAGGAUCUCCAGCGACGUGGAUGUCAACUUAGUGUGGAGGCAGGCCGGUGACUCGGAAGAGCAGCUCAUUCAACUGGAGAUCUCCAAUGUGCGGGUUGAGAAUGUGGCCCCCCGCUCGGCAAAGAAGAACAUCUUCCAGGGCUCCACGACAGAGGGUCUCCUGGGGAACAGCAAGCUCGCCUCUCUGCAGAGGCCGUUUCUGGUGCACCUGAGAAAUGGAAAGGUGAAGGCUUUCUAUUGCUAUAGGGCGGAGCCUGCGAUUGUCAAGAACCUGAAGAGGGGUGUGGCCAGCCUGCUGCAGGUGCAGCUAACUAGUGGAAAGACAAUUGAGAAUGAUGUAUCAGGAAGGUGCAGAGUGGAGUACAAGGCUGCCCAGGGUCAGGUGACACGCACCAAGAUCCUGAAUACCUGCAAGACGGCAGAAACUGGCUUCACCACGAUCAGCAAGGUGUUGGGUGUGAGCAGGAAGUCAAGCUCAGUAACAGUGUUCACCUUGGAGGACGGCUUCAUCAAGUCUGCUGUAUCUGAGGAGACUCACUUCCUGGUAACCAAUGCUCGGCGCUCCACAGGUGCCAAAGUUGUGUCCAGACAAACCUUGACACUGGUCGGAAUUGAGGCUGGCCCCCUGGAGGUUGCAGGGAAAGAUGUUACUGCAGUCGUCAAGUCCCGGGACGAGAAACUGGUGGCUGUAGGUGUGAUGGCGGGCAAGGUCAAGUCCCAGUGCAAAGGCUGUCCAUCGCUGUGGGAGCAGUGGCAGGCUGAUAAGAAGCAGCUGGAGCCUGCCAGCCUGUCCAAGGCCUCGGCUCCCAGGAGCUUCCUGGCUCUGAUCCAGAGCAUCAGGAAAGCCUCCAAGGAUGAGAUCCUCCAAGUGCUGCAGAGCGCCAGCAAGUCGUUGCUGCCUCAGGUGGUGGACGCCGUCACCUCCUCACAGACUCCUGCCUCGCUGGACGCCAUGCUGACCUUCCUCAACUUCACAGACCCCAAGGGCCUGGUCCUGCAGGAGAGGUUCCUGUACGCCUGUGGCUUCGCCUCGCACCCCAAUGAGAGGAUGCUCCAAGCCCUUGUGGACAUUUCCAAGAAAAAGAUUGGCAGUAAUGACAUCAGAGAGUCAAUGGUGAUCAUCAUGGGGGCCCUGGUGUUCAAGCUUUGCCAGGAAGGACAAUGUGAUUUACCGACUGUGGUGGAGGUGAAGAAGAUGAUUCUGGAGGGGCCCGACAGUACGGACAAGGAGUCUGAGGUCCAGAUGUACCUACUGGCCCUGAAGAACUCUCUGUUGCCCGAGGCCAUCCCACUCUUCACCAGAUACACAGAGUCAGAGGUGGGGGCCUAUAGCACCAUCGCCCUAACCACCCUCCAGCGAUACGAUGUUGCCCUCAUCACCGACGAGGUCAAAAGGACGGUGAACAGAGUGUACCACCAGAACCGACGGGUGUAUGAGAAGAAUGUGAGGGUGGCUGCCGCUGAUGUCAUCCUGAGCAGCAACCCUUCCUACAUGGAGGUCAAGAACAUGCUUCUGUCCAUCGGAAACCUGCCGCAUGAGAUGAACAAGUACAUGUUGUCCAAGGUGCAGGACAUCCUGCACUUUGACAUGCCUGCCAGCAAAAUAGUUCGGCAAGCUAUGAAGGACAUGAUUUCCCACAACUAUGACCGCUUCUCUAAAGUUGGGUCCUCCUCUGCGUACUCAGGUUACAUGGCACGUUCUGCUGAUGUCACUUCCACCUAUAGCUUGGACAUCCUGUAUUCUGGCUCAGGAGUAAUGAGGAGGAGCAUCAUGAACAUCUACGGUGCCACUAACGACGCGCUCCUCCACGGCCUGCAGGUGGCCAUCGAGGCCCAAGGUUUGGAGACGCUGAUCGCAGCCACGCCCGACGAGGGGGAGGAGGAUCUGGAGUCCUUUGCCGGGAUGUCCGCUCUGCUCUUUGAUGUGCAGCUGCGGCCCGUCACCUUCUUCAAGGGCUACAGCGACCUGAUGUCCAAGAUGUUCUCCAUGUCAGGAGAGCCCAUAAACGUGGUGAAGGGCCUGAUCUUGCUGUCGGACCACUCUGAGGUCAUUCAGCUGCAAUCCGGUCUGAAGGCCAACGCUGAGUUCCAGGGAGGUUUGGCCAUCGACAUCUCAGGAGGCAUGGAGAUUAGCCUGUGGUACAGAGAGUCCAAGACCAGCGUCAACAACAGGGGGGCUCUGGUGGUCACUGGGAAUGUAACGGUGGACAUGGACUUCGUUCGCACUGGAAUGGAAGUCAGCUUUGAGACAGAGGCGUCGCUGGACUUCGUCACAACCGUUCAGUUCUCUGAGUAUCCCUUCCUGGUGUGCAUGCAGAUGGACAAGGCAACCUUCCCUUUCAGCGAGUCCUUCAGUAAAUAUGAGAGUCUUCCAUCGGGGAAGAGUUUUGUGUCGCACAAGGCAAAGAAGCAGCUGGUGCCAGGUUCUGAAUUCCCUCUCCACCAGGAGAACUCCAACAUGUGCAAGAGAGUGUUUGAGUAACACUGCUAGAUAAUGUGAAAAUAUCAAAUGGACAGAAACUCAGGGGGCAGGAUACUGACUUUUGAGUCCUACUUGACCUUCUCGCUUGAGAAAUAUUUAUUUGUUU